AUGACUGGCAAUUCUGACCAGAUUGAGUGCGUUCGCACAAAUACAAGCGUUGCCAUUCCAAUCGAGGUGUUUGAAAGACGAUAUCUUGCUCCUCAGCUCCCGAAAGCAGAUUGGUAUAAACGCCUUGGUAACCCGACGCCUUUGGGGCUUGUUGGGUUUUUGAUGGGUGCGACACCGUUGGCAUGCACACUUAUGGGCUGGGGGGGAUCUGGAGGGGGUGGCGUAGCAACAAUAGGAUUUACCUACUUUUUUGGAGGCCUACUCCAGCUAAUCGCAUCGUUACUUGAGUUCAUUCUCGGAAACACCUUCCCUUUCAUCGUCUUUGGAUCAUUUGGAGCAUUUUGGGUAGGCUUUGGUGCCGCUCAAACACCCAGCUUUAAUGCACAGGGAUUUUUUCAGAGUGGCCAAGAUGGCACGGAUAUCAGCGAGUUUUAUGCUAGCUAUGCGUUCGGCUUGAUAUUCAUGGCUUUCCUUGUUGCGAUAUACACGAUAUGUGCCACUCGACUCAAUGUGGUCUUUGUCUGUCUUUUUUUCACCCUUACGAUAGCCUUAAUCUGUCUUGCGGUAUCUUACUGGUACAUUGCGCGCGGAAAUGAUGUGGUUGGAGGCAGGCUGUCCAAAACUGGGGGAGCUCUUACGUUUGUCGUCUGUUUCCUAGCAUGGUAUUACUUAAUUGGCCUUAUGCUCGAUGAUGUCAACUUUCCACUGAGAGUCCCAGUAGGUGAUCUUACUGGACGAUUCGCCAGGGAAAAGACAUCUAGUGAGGCCUAA